CCGGCCACCCUGUAGAUAAAGAAAAUUCUAGGUUAGGUUCAUGGUUAGGUUGUGGAAAUUAAAUUUGUAUUAUUCCUUAUUUGCUAACUUUAAACGACAGACCCAGACAAUGAGAAAGUCAACUUUCAAAAAGGGAAAGCCUGGAAAGGCUGUCGGUAAACCGAAAGUCUCGCAGACCAAAAUUAAUUUCAAGGUGUUAGAACCGCCUACGAAAAGUGCAAAUGACAAAAAGGAUUAUAAAGUGAUACAGUUGCAAAACGGCUUAACUGCAUGCUUAAUAUCUGACGUGAUGGGAGACGACGAUUCUGAUUCCUCUGACGAUAGCGGCUCAGAAACAGAUGAGACUGUGACUACCGAAUCGGAGGUGGAUAGCGAUUCGUCGGACAGUGAGGCGGGUACCAAAUCAAAAUCUUCGGACAGAGAAACAAAAAUGGCGGGCGCGGCUUUGUGCGUGGGAGUCGGAAGUAUGAGUGAUCCCAGGGAGAUUCCGGGUCUGGCACAUUUCUUAGAGCACAUGGUCUUCAUGGGAAGUGAAAAAUAUCCCGAAGAGAAUGAUUUCGAUUCGUUCAUCAGUAAACACGGUGGUUUCAAUAACGCAUCAACCGAUUAUGAAGUAACAACCUUUCACUUUGAAUGUUUCGAAAAACAUCUGCCAACCGCACUACAUAAGUUGGCACAAUUUUUUAUCUCGCCACUCAUGAAACGAGAUUCGAUGACUCGCGAACGGGAGGCUGUCGAAUCGGAGUUUCAGCUUGCUGUCCCUUCGGAUGAUUUUCGAAAGGAGCAGUUGAUAGUUAGUAUGGCUCAGGAUUCCUCACCAGUCAAUUCGUUUUCGUGGGGCAACCUUAUCACAUUGAAAGACAAUGUAAGCGAUGACCGGUUGUACGAAAUGCUGCAUGAAUUUCGUAAGCGACACUACUCGGCGCAUCGCAUGACUGUUGCGAUACAGGCUAGGUUGCCGAUUGCUACAUUGGAAAAGUUGCUUGUCGAUUGUUUUUCGCCUAUUCCCAACAAUGGGUUACCACCUGACGAUUUUAAAACGUUGAUUGGUGAUACAUUCGAUACUCCCAAAUUUCGUCAGUUGUAUUACGUAAAACCGGUAAAGGAUAUUUGUCAGGUGGACUUAACGUUUUAUUUACCCUCAUUAAUACGUUUGUAUCGUGUUAAACCUCAUGUCUACCUGUCAUGGAUAUUGGGUUAUGAAGGCAAAAAUAGCUUGUAUUCGUACCUGAAGAAGAAGGUCUGGGUACUCUCCUUAAGCGCAGCUAACGAGGAAUCGGGCGCGGAAUAUAAUUCGAUAUAUGCAACAUUUACGAUCAGUUUAGUGCUGACCAGAGAAGGUUUUAGCAAUAUAAAGGAUGUUGUUGAAUCUGUUUUUUCCUACAUAAAUUUAUUAAAAAUUAAUGGACCAAGUGAGAGAAUCUUUAGAGAAAUGCAGUCGAUUGGCGAAACUUCGUUUAGGUUCGAAGAGGAAGAGACCGCUGCUGAUAAUGUUGAAGAUUUAGUCGAGCAUAUGCAAUAUUUUCCUUCGAAAGACUAUUUAACGGGAGAUACUUUGGUAUUUGAUUAUGACCCUGAUGCUAUAACCAUGGUACUAAACAAUUUGGUUCCAACCAAAAUGAAUGUGAUGAUCAGUUCCGCUGAUGUUCCAACGAAUAUUGUAUACGAUCAAAUCGAACCAUGGUUCAAAACUCAAUACAAAGCCAUAGAUAUCCCCUCCGAUUGGUUGGAAUGUUGGAAAAACGCAAAGCCCUUACCAGAAUUCAGCCUACCCGGCCCCAACCCUUUCGUAACGACCGAUUUCUCCAUCUUACCCAAACAGAAAAACUUAUCCAAGUAUCCGGAGAAGGUAUUGGACUCACCCUUGAUUGAAUUAUGGUAUCGGAAGGAUGAUAAAUUUGAACUCCCGUUAGCUUACUACUAUUACUAUUUGAUCUCGCCUUUAGCGUUGAAGUCGGCAGCAAGUACUUGUAUGAUGGAAAUGUACGCAAUUUUGGUGCAAAUGAAUUUUGCAGAAGAAGGAUAUGAUGCCUUGUUAGCCGACUUAGAAUUUGAGAUUAUUGCGGGCGAGAAAGGACUCGCCAUUAAAAUCUCGGGGUACAAUGAAAAAUUAAACUUACUUAUAGAACUGGUGGGAAAGUGCUUGAAAAACGUAUCUCAAACUUUCUCAGAACCCCUGUUCGAUGCCAUAAAGGAAAAGUUGAGGAAAUCGUAUUACAAUGCGAUUAUAAAACCAUCGAAACUAUGCAAGUUGGUUUCAGUAGCGUGCAGUAAAGAGCGAGGCGAUGACAAAUUACGAGUCAAGGUGGUUGGUGAUAAACGGCAAACGCUUAGCACCGACCAGCGGGCAGCUAAUGAUACCCCUGUCCGCCCCUCGAACCCCUUAUUUCGCCUUUGA